UGGAAGUAUGUUUUGACUUUUCACCAUAAUUUUGUGCUUUAAAGGGAUUAUGAGAAAGGUUGCAAAGUGGGCAGUGAGUCAGUGAGAUCACUGAUAAGGUUGGUAGGGUUCACUUAAUCCAGGAAGUCGUCACACACUGCGGGGCACGGGUAUAAAUCGACCUGGAGUGAAGCAGAGGUUUUCAAUAAAAAGCCUUCCCACACAGAAGCACAAUGAAGGGGAUACUUUCUCUCAACAUGGUAACUGCCUCAACCACGAUGGGCUCAGUGAAGUCAACCGGACUUUCUCUUCUCCUGUUGUCUUUUCUUCUUUAUGUAGCUGAUUCAUACCCCAACACUGACUUGUCAAACAUGGGCUGUGAGGAGUGCACACUGAGAAAGAACAUUGUUUUCUCGAGGGAUCGUCCAGUCUACCAGUGCAUGGGCUGCUGCUUCUCCAGAGCGUACCCAACCCCUCUCAAGGCCAUGAAGACAAUGACGAUCCCAAAGAACAUCACCUCGGAGGCAACGUGCUGUGUCGCCAAGCACAGCUACGAGACAGAGGUGGCCGGCAUAAGGGUGAGAAACCAUACAGACUGCCACUGCAGCACUUGCUAUUUUCACAAGAUAUGACAGGUGGAAAGUGGAGACCAUUCUGCAGCAGUCCGCUUUGCAACAAAUUGUGUUUAUUUUAAUAUGCACAAGCUCUUGUCUGUUUUACAGUGUAAGUUGUUGCUUUUCCAGAAAAUAUUUUUGUAGGAAUCCUGUG